AUGCACAAUAGUCCAAUUCUCCACCUAUAUCUGGGCUUUGAACUUAUUGAACUUCAGAGGCUUUGGCCUUGUCCAGAUUUGGUUGACGAGAAUGACGAGGUUCCAAUCCUCUACCAGACCCUUAGCUUUUAUCCAUAUGUUGGAGUUCAUUUGUUAUCUGGCUACGCCAUUCCUUUAGAAAAGUUCAUUGGGGUUGUCAACUUUGACAGCGCAGUUGUUGAAUUUGCUCCCUGUUUAUACACAGACCAUCUAUAUGAUGGUUUGAAACGAAAGGGCAUAUCCACUUUCAGGGAUGAUGAAAAACUCGAGAGGGGAACACCUAUUGGCCCAGGGCUAUUCAAAGCAAUAGAAGAAUCAAGGUUUGCUGUUGUAAUUCUCUCAAGCGACUAUGCUUCUUUGAGGUGGUGCUUGAUUGAACUAGCAAAGAUUGUUGAUUGCAUGAAAAAGACUAGGUUAAUAGUACUUCCGGUUUUCCACUAUGUGGAUCCAAGUGGUGUGCGGAAUCAAGGGGAGAUUUAUGCAGAAGCCUUCAAGAAACAUGAAGAGCUUUUCAAAGAUAGCAACAAAGAAGAUGUGCACAUGUGGAAAGCUGCUUUGACAGAAGUUGCUAGUAUUGCUGGAUGGGAUUUACGGGAUAGGCGUGAAUCAAAAGUUAUCCAAGAAAUCGUUGGAACGAUAUCUAGUGAAUUGAAUCGCAGAUUCUCAAAGACUAUUUCUAAAAACCUUGUUGGAAUAGACUCCCGUGUGGAGGAAAUGUUGGAUUAUUAUUUGUGUGAAGGGUUGGGUGUUCGCUUUGUUGGGAUUUGUGUUCUUAUUGUUCUUGAUGAUGUGUAUAGAGAAGAACAACUAGAAGCACUAGCAAGGAAACAGGAUUGGUUUGGUCUUGGAAUUAGAAUUAUUUUAACAAGUAGAGAUAGCCAUUUGUUAAUAGGACAUGGAAUGGAUGCUCUAUAUAAUUGUAAGGGGUUGAAUGAUGAUGAAGCUUUGGAGCUUUUUAGUUGGAGAGUUUUCAAGAAACGCUAUCCUAAAGAAGGUUAUGUGGAGUUGUCUAAGGAUUUUGUGAAUUAUGCAUUUGGCAUUCCUUUAGCUAUUACAAGUUUUGAUGGGUUGAUGGAGACACAGAAAGAAUUGUUUUUGGAUAUUGUGUGUUCUUUUGAAGAAGAGAACAUUAAUUGCAUAAGAGAUAUACAAGAAAGUUCUAGUUACCAUCCAAACUAUAAUAUUGAUGUUCUUAUGGACACACAUCUCAUAAAUAUUUAUGCAUGGGGUACUAUUAGGAUGAAUGUUUUGCUACAAUUUAUGGGUCAAGAAAUUGUUCGUCGUGAAUCCCCUAAAGAACCCGGUAAACGUUGUAGGUUGUGGCGUUAUGAGGAUGUCUUCCAUGUAUUGGAGAAUGAUACUGGAACAGAGUCUAUUGAAGGCAUAGUUCAAAAAGCACAUGUUCAUAAAAAGGAACGAUUGAAUGUUGAAUCCUUAUCAAAGAUGAAAAAAUUGAGAUUGCUUGAGAUUCAAGAUGUGCUCCUCCCAAACCACCUCAAUUAUCUUUCUAAUGAGUUACACAUUAUAGAAUGGCAUGGAUGUCCUUUAAAUUCUAUGCCAGCCAAUUUCCAACCAAAUAAACUUGUUGAAUUGAAAAUGCAUUGCAGCGCCAUCAUUCAACUAUGGAAAGGAAUUGUGUUGAUGGAGACCCCAGAUUUCAGCGGAGCCCCAAGUCUUAAGCAUUUGAUUCUUCAAUGUUGUACAAGAUUGUAUAAGAUUCAUGCAUCUAUCAAAAAUCUCAGACGGCUUAUUCAAUUGGAGUUAAAUGGUUGCAAAUGCCUUGAAAUCCUUCCACCCAAGAUUAGCUUGGAAUCUCUUAAGGUUUUUGAUCUUUCUGGUUGUUCAAGUUUGAAGAAGUUUCCAGUGAUUGUAGGAAAUAUGUCAUGUCUAUCGAAACUUGAUUUGGACAAAAGUGCUAUAAAAGAAUUACCAGCAUCAGCAUAG